ACCGCUUGUCCGAGCCCAUGCCGCCGCCCAGGAUCCGCAGGCACCCGGCACAGCACUAUCCGGCACCACACGCCAAGCACACCCGCACAACCCCUCUCGCUGCCUCGCCACAAAAUGGCGCCUAAGGGACCGCCCGUCUUCUACCCAGCAACCACCUCGCGCCCCGACUGGAAGCUUCCAAGCGGGGCGCAGGCGCCGGGGCCGUGAGGCAUGUCGGGAAGUGUAGUUUGGGGGGGCUGCCGCCAUUAAGGGACCUGGGGUCCGGCCUGCCCCACUUAGGGGCCCGGAAUGCUCAGAGCCCCGUCCAGCUUGACUCUCGACACUGCCAGGGAUGGGGAAGCCGAAACUGCUCCGUAAAACAUGUCCCAGUGCCUCGCCACAGUGCAUUUCUUCCUCAUGUCCAAGCUAAAACUGCUGUCAGUUUAAAGCAGCUAUCCUUUGUCGCAUCACUACAUGCCCCACCCAAAGUCCUUCUCCAGCCGACUUGGAGCCCCUUUAGGCACCGGAAGGGGCUCUAAGUUUCUUGUGGUGUCUUCUCCAGAGUGAAGAACCCCAGCUUCUCCCCUCUGUCAAUAGCUAAAUUGUUGUCAUGGCCUACCAUCCCUUUGGGGAGCACCUGCCUGAGUUAAGGUGAAUCUCUUCUGCCGCCAGUGGAGGACAUGGCACUGUACCCCCGCCUGCAUGCUUGGGUCAUACAGCCAAGCCCAGGAGCUGCAAAACCAGCAAGACUUUGGCUCCAGCAACGUUGUCCUCUCCAUGUUCCCAGUACAAAGGGCACCUCUGCCUUGUUCCCAUGACACUGGCGCUAGUCCCUGCUCCUGCACAACUCCUGGACCCGCAUCCCUCGGAGCACACCAGGUGCUGGCAGGAGCAGGCAGAGGUUGCUGAGAACCCUUCAAAUCACAUUCAUAUGCAGUCAGGUCCUCCUCACUGCCUGACCCUUAGCCCUGAGUGUUUGCUUGGGGCCCAAGAAAAGAUAAGUAGCACACAAAAUGGUGCCAUCUUUAAUUUUUUUCAAGACAGUUUUGUUAAUCUCAGGGCAUGGCAGAAUGGGGCUGGCUGAAGGGCAGGGUGGUGUCAGGGUCAUACUUCAUCCAGGGACUCCUUGGCAGAGCAGGCAGUACAGAGCAGUCAGGCAGUACAGAGCAGUCAGGCAGGACAGACAGACAGGCAGUACAGACAGGCAGUACAGUCAGACAGGCAGUACAAUCAGUGCAGGCAGUGCAGACAGGCAGUACAGACAGUGCAGUGUAGACAGACAGGCAAUAUAGUCAGUACACUCAGUGCAGACAGACAGGCAGACAGGCAGUACAGACGGACAGGCAGUACAAUCAGUGCAGGCAGUGCAGGGAAACAGCAGGCAGGCCUGUCACAGGGUGCAUGCGCUACCCAGAGGUAUGUCAGCUGUUUUCGCUGUCAUCUGUGGGUGUUGCCUAAGGAAAAAGUUUCUCCUCUGGGCAAGCUGCCUGACCGGCCUGAAGUCUCUCGGCAGCUCCUCGGCAGGCAGCCCUGGGCAGCGGGAGCAGGAUUUCUCUGGGGGAUUAAGGUUGCUCUGACUCCGUGGCAUCGGGGGAGCUCAGUCAUGGCUUCCAAGCGCACAGCUUCUUCCUUGAAGCAGCCAGAGAGCAGGGAAAAGAAACUGAAAGGGGAAGAAGAGGAUGACACCUGGAGUUCCACCUUGGCAACCUUGAAAACUGCUGCCAAGGAGAAACGGCCUGCCACGAUUGAUGGACUGUGCCCCCUGAGCACAGCACCAGGUGCUCAGGUCUAUGAGGACUAUGACUGCACCCUGAACCAGACCAAUAUCAGUGCCAACAACAACAAGUUCUACAUCAUCCAGCUCCUUGAGCAUGAUGGUGCCUACAGCGUCUGGACCCGCUGGGGCCGCGUGGGGGAGGCAGGCCAGUUCAAGCUCAUGCCCUGUGCCUCCCUGGAAGCUGCCAAGAAGGACUUUGAGAAGAAAUUUCGGGAGAAGACCAAGAACAGCUGGGCAACAAGGGAGAACUUCAUCGCCCAGCCGGGGAAGUACACGCUCAUUGAGGUGCAGCCAGGGGCUGGGCAGGAGGUGGAGGCUGUCCUCAGGGUGGAUACCAUGGAUGGGGGCAAGGUCUGCAAGCAGCGGGUGCUGCCCUGCACCUUGGACAGAGCCACACAGGACCUGGUGUCCCUCAUCUUCAGCAGUGACAUGUUCCAGGAUGCCAUGCAGACCAUGAAUAUUGAUGUGAAGAAGAUGCCUCUGGGGAAGCUGAGCAAGCAGCAGAUUGCGAGGGGCUUUGAGGCACUGGAUGAGCUGGAGGCAGUGCUGAGGGAGCAGCCCCCCCAGGCCUCUCGCCUGGAGGAGCUCUCCUCACGCUUCUACACCAUCAUCCCACACAACUUUGGGCGGGCGCGGCCACCCCCCAUCAACUCCCCUGACCUGCUGCGUGCCAAGAAGGACAUGCUGUUGGUGCUGGCUGACAUUGAGGUGGCACAGAGCCUGCAGGCACAGAAAGUGAAGGAGGAGGAGGAGGAGGAGGAGAAAGGAGUUGUCCAUCCGCUGGAUCAGGAUUAUGCCCUGCUCUGCUGCCAGCUCUCCCUGCUGGACCCGGCUUCCCAGGAAUACCAGCUGAUCCAAACCUACGUGGAGCAGACCGGUCACAAACUCCAGAUCCUCAAUAUCUGGCAGGUGGCCCGAGAUGGUGAGGGUGAGCGUUUCAAGGCCCAUGACCUCCUGGAGCACCGGCGCCUGCUUUGGCAUGGCACCAACGUUGCGGUGGUGGCGGCCAUCCUGAAGAGUGGGCUGCGCAUCAUGCCCCACUCGGGCGGGCGCGUGGGCAAGGGCAUCUACUUCGCCUCCGAGAACAGCAAAUCAGCCUGCUAUGUGGGCUGUACAUCUGAGAGGGUUGGCAUCAUGUUCCUGACGGAGGUGGCCCUGGGCAAGCCCUACUGCAUCACCCGUGAUGACCCCACGCUGUGUCAGCCACCUGCUGGCUAUGACAGUGUCCUGGCCUGUGGCCAGACAGAGCCAGAUCCUGCACAGGAUAAGGAGGUGCUGAUGGAUGGAAAAAAGGUGCUGGUGUGCCAGGGCAAGCCCAUCUCCAUGCCUGCCUACAAGGACUCCUCCUUCAGCCAGAGCGAGUACCUCAUCUACCAGGAAAGCCAAUGUCGGAUCCGCUACCUUGUCCAGAUCCGCUUCUGAGGGUGCCUGGGAGCACCACGGCCCUGGCCCAGCACCAGGUGGUGACACCUAUAAGCCCAGAGCACAGUGAUCUGGACUCUCUGGCCACCCCACCUGGGGCUUGGCAAGGGCCAGGCUGGCGUGGGGACUGAGCUUGCUUUGAGCAUGAAUAAAAUCACUGCGCCUUGCACCGAGA